AUGGCGUUUUCGAACUUCGUCCUCACGGUAGUAGGAAUCGGCGCGGCGGUUCUGUUGCUCAAAGGAGACGUCAAGAGGACGGCGACGACGCUCAGGCGGAACGUGAGGCAGAUGAGAGUGUGGCUGGAAGAGGAAGAAGCGGCCGUUAAGAAGUCCGCCGUGGAAUCCGCUCGUCACCACCACCGGGAUACGGUUUUCCUUUCUUUCUUCCUUGAAGGUUUAAUUCAAGGGGGGACGGGCGAAGCUGCUAAUUCUGAGACAGGGAAUGUGAGAAAAUCUGUUCCUCAGCUGCAAUUUAUGCAAUGUUCCGUGCGUCAGCUCUAG